CUAUUUGCCUCAUCUCACCGGUGGUAAUCUUCUGCAUUCCAUUUCUCAGUACUGUCCAAAAUUUCCAAUCACCAGUUGUCUUAAAUUGACAAGACUAUCCCUACAACUUACAUGGAAAGACAGGAUUGCCUUCCGGUACAACGCUGCUAUGCAUUGGGCAUUACUGUGGAAGAAACCUGAUCUGCCGUAUCAAAAAAAUCUCAAUAGCUUUUGGCCCCAUUCUGAAUAACUGACUCUCACAGCCUCGGUUUUACUGCCAUUAUUCUCGCUUCCCAAUAAUUGUCACUCUCUCUCUCUCUCUCUCUCUCACUUCAAUCGCCUGUGAUUGCUUUGCAUUCAACAACUCUUAUCUGUAAGAAUACUCCGUCGUUCUGUGCGUGUAUAAAUAGUGCUUGAUCUUCCAUUGAAGGUUGGGAGUAAUUUAUUGAUGUUAAUUUCUUGCUUUGGAGUUCCUGAACACACACACAUCAAAUAUAUAUAUAUAUAUAUAUAUAUAUUGAUAUAAUAGUCUUUCGGGUCUCUUUCAUUCUUUGUAAUUUUCACGAAAGCUCCUAGUUUUUUUCUUUAUUUGUAGUGUAAGUUAAGAGAAUUUCGAGUUGGGGGUUUUGGGCCCUGAUGCAGAUACUGGGUCGUUUUUGCUUGUUGAUUACCGUUUGCUCAGUUCUGGAGUUGUACAGGAGAUUUCUGCAGAUUUUUCUUGGGUUUUUGUCCAUGGAGUUUCCUUCAAGCCUGAAGUUUCUGACACAGAGCAAUGAGUUUGGAUGUGGGUUUUUGUUGUUUGGAUAUUUCUCACGGUUUUUUAGCUUGCUGGGUCUGUUUCUGAUGUUUGGUCUGGGAUUGAAGGUUUUGCAAGUUAGUUGGUUUUCUAGAGGUGUGAAUUUGUUGCAAAUUUUAUACUAUUUUAGAGGCAAAGCCGGUAGAUUGGGAAUUGGGUUUGGUUCAAAAUGUGGUUUUGGUCAAGUAUGUUAUCCAAAGGAAGUGUCUUGCAAUUGUGGUGCAUCGGAAUUCUUGGUGAACUCACAGUCACCAAAUGCAGAUGGUUCAGUGGCCAAAAGAGAAGCUGAGUACAAUUCAAAUUUUGAUUCUGAUGAGGCAAAAGAUGUAUUAAAAAAGAAUGAUGAUGAUGACGACGACGAAAAGGACUGCCACAGUGAGGAUGGAGAUGAUUUUGAUGCAAUGGAAUUGAGGAAAUUGGUGAAGAUAGAAAGGCAGAGAGCAAAAGAAGCUCAAACAGAGCUUGAGAAAGAAAGAAUGGCAGCUGCAACUGCGGCUGAGGAGGCAAUGGCAAUGAUUCUGCGCCUUCAAAACGAGAAAAGUUGUAUUGAAAUGCAAGCCAAUCAGUACCGUCGUAUGGCAGAGCACAAGCAGCAAUACGACGAAGCAUUAAUUCAAUCAUUGCAGUGGAUUGUGACAAAGCUCGAGUCAGAGAAAAGCCUUUUGGAAGAUCAACUGAAGUUUUGCAGGCAAAAACUGAAGCCUUAUGGAGAUGAAAUUGAUCAAACUGAACAAGCUAUAUUGACUGAUCACUCCCAUUGUUCCAAUAUGCAAUAAGAAAGGCAGUGAAAGAACAAUUGUUUGCCAUAUCAUUGUAAACAAUACAUACUCAAAUUUUAUUCCAAGUUGUUUUUGGUAAUAUUUAUUUGCUUUCAAAAUUGUUUAUUGUUAAUGUUCAAUUUAAUUUGGAAAUAAUGAAAAUCUAAGGUUAAAAA